GUUUUGAGGUUAACAUUUUGGCGCGGGCGCGGAGAUACACGCGGAGAACAAAUUUGCUUUUGAUUCUUUGUUCUGCUUUAUCAACAAAAAAACCUGUUAAACACCGUUUAUUAAUUCAAGGGAUGUUGAAAGGAGCGUGUAUCUUAAUUAAAUUUGCUUUAUGAUAUAAAGUCAGUAAAAAAAAGUUGUGAGUUACGAUUCAAAAGAAAGUUUGGACGUGCUUGGACGUUACACUUUCUUGUCGGUCAGAAAUUAUAAUCGGCCGCGACUUAAAGUAUUCAUCGAAAAUUAUAACAAACUGACAUUAUGUGGAACAACUUCGAUUCUGGUAUGCAGUCCUCGGACGCCGGUUAUAUGGAUGAUAGUCGAAUGGACACAACUACCGAUGAAGAUAAAAAGGGAGGAAAACGAGCAGAUAACCUUGUUCCGGUGAUGAUUGGACAUUUAACUUCAAGCGGCCAGGAACUUCUUUUGCAUGGUGAACAAGUUCGCGUUGUCACAAUUGUUGGAUUAGUGCGUAGCAUCGAUCAAGUCACCACAAAAAUCACCUACGUUAUUGAAGAUGAAACUGGUACAAUUAAAGCCAUCAAGUGGAAUUCCCCGGAGGACGAAAGCGACACCAAAGAACAAAUACUGAACAUCAACUCCUACGUUCGCGUCUAUGGACUUCCCCGAGAACAGGAUGGAGAGAAGCACCUUCUAAUUCUUCGAAUUUGUCAUCUAGAGAACCUGAAUGAAUUGUCAAAUCAUUUGCUGGAAGUGGUUUAUGUCGCACAAGCUGGUAAUAAUACUCAAUGUCCAGUGAAAAAAAUUGGUGCUGUGGCUGACACAACUGCAGCCAUGCAAAAUCUUGAGUUCGCCGGUAUGGAUAAAGAUCAGGCUAUUGUCUUUAAUAUUAUAACAGGGGAUGAUUCAGAAAGUGGAAUUGAAAGGGAACAAAUAAAAAAAAAAGUACCUAAUUCGUUGGUUUCUAAAGUUGACGAAAUACUUGAGUUCCUGGCUGGCGAGGGACACAUAUAUACAACACGUACUGAUAAUCACUUUAAAGCUACUUAAGUUCCAUCCAAGAUUUCUUAGCAAAGAGGCUUAGAAAGUAUUUAUUGAGAAUUUUAUAAUAAGAAUCAAUUAUUCGUUUUUUGCUUACAAAAUAAUGGGACGCUUUUUUGUACGAUAUGAAUUGACUCUACGUUUUCAAAUUAAGAACAGAACUUUGGUACUUUUAAAUAGUGCACAAUCAUUGAUUAUAUAUAUAUAUAUAUUUAAUAGUUGUAUGUCAUAUAUAAUGAAGACAGUAUUUUAAGUUGAACAUAAUAUACCCGACGGCAGUGUGUUUGAAGUAUUUAUGCGUGUAACAGAUUCGCUCUUAUUUUUGAAAUUGCAUUUGAUUAGAAACUUAAAAGAUAUCUUAAAACCUAUAACUUGAAUUUGCAUUACAAUAUUAAUAUCUCAGAAGCGCAAGAUAAUUGUGUAUGUUCGUAGUUAGUCGCAGUCUCGAUAAGUAUAAGUAAGAUGACACGGGACAAGAUGAAAAAAAAGUUAAUUUCAUUCAUAUCGUUUCAAGGAUGUAAAUUAAAUUUUGUAAUUAUGCAAAAAGUACAAGACAAUAUUUAAAUAAAGAUUAUAUUU